CUUGCAUCCGCCGGUGUGAGUGCUUUGUUGUUGUAUGGUUUCUUUGUUUCGUGGGUAAUCUUCGACAUCAUCUGCUUUUUUGGGGCCGUCACGUGGUUGUGCCAUUCCUCCACUGAUGAAUGCUUUUGGUGAGGGUCCGUGCCACAAUGUUUGCAAUUGCACACUUCACGGUAAAGAAUGAAAUUGAGGUUGUUCCUGCAUCUUGGAUAACUGGUACAACAUGCAAGUGGCCAAAGGUUUCAUCGGACAAGGCCAAAAAGUUGGUCAUGAAGUCAGCACCUCCUGAGGAAUCAUGGGAUGUGUACAAAGUCAUUGUACGUGGAAUUUACUCAAUGUAUUCAGAUGCCCGGAGGAAACUUAAUGACCUGCAAUACACCUCUGAUGUUAACUCUGAUUGUGAAGGGGAUGGAAGAAAGCGGAACCGCUUCCCACCAAAACGCUUUAUUGAAGACGACUCUGAGGAGCUCAUGCAAGAAACAGACAAGCAUUCACACCUUUCAUCAUCCCAACAUGUGGACCAGGGCCUUUUGAAGUCACAUGAAGCAAGGAAGGCCAAAAAGAAGAAGCCAAGACAGUUGCCACCAGAAUCUGAUGAUGACAUAGACACCAUCAUGAAUGCUCCGCCUGUGCCCUCAAACUUCCCAUGCCCUACCCCUGCUGGUGGUUCUCUGGAUGGAGAUCAUGGUAGCAUGGUGGAAUACUGUUCAAGCUUGCCACCAGAUAUUCAGUGCCAAAGGCAGGAAAGACAAGCAGCUUCUUCACAUUCUUCCUACCCCGGCAGCCCACGAAGUGGUAGGUUCUCAACAGGACAACCAGCAGCUGAACGAGCCAGCGUGCAUGAAGUCAUGCCACAGUCAGAUUUCCAGAGACAAGUUUUGCGGAUUCUUCACAUCAUGCGACUUGCACAGCAGGAGCAAGGUGAUCUCCUUCAUGAAGUGUCUAGGCAACGUGUGCAUUCAGACCCCAUUGUUGCUGAAGCCCCUCUAGUACCAACUCCAUUUGCAUCCUGCGAAGCUCUGGUGGACUUCAACGACUCACUUAAUGAGCAUAUGGAGACACGUUUGGUUGAAGAGCUUGCUCAGCUUGGGGGCAGCGAAGUGAGGCAAUCAACGAGAAAGAUACUUGAGUAUCUCCUGACAGACUACGUUGCAGCUGAAUUCAGCUGGUUAGGUCAGAAGGGCAAGCGGAAAUUUGGACAGCUGAAACUUCCACAGCUUAUCAUCCGUGCCGUGAGAAAGAACAUCAGGCUCUCUGCAGCCACUAGAUAUGAAGUGGAGAGCGUGAUCAAGACGUGGCUCCGUCACGCAAAAGAACGCUGCACCACCAAGCGAGCACUGACUGACCAUGCACCUUCACAACAGGACUGAGUGCGCUACAAAAAAACGUACCUGUGAAAGUGCAGUUUUUCGUACAUUGCAUUCAUUUUUAGGUUUUAGUUGUAUCAACUUCUGGUUUUACUUCUAGUCUGGCCACAUUCCUUUGCGAUGUUUGAGAGUUUGAACUGAUUUUGAAGCACACAGUUUGAAACGAGACAGUGUAACGACUUGAAGGUGAACA